AUGACAGUUUUGCUUCAAUCUAUGGAAAAGAGUAACGGUGUUUUGGCAACGAAUCUCAAUCCUAAUUUUGAAGAUGGGACCAUGUUCGCCAAUGACAAUGAGUUGAUUCUCUACGGUGGGUUAUCUCGCGUGACAGAUGGUGCAAAUCCGCCACCGGCAGAAGUGAUCUUAGGAUACGAAGCUUAUGAAGGUUCAGCAUCGAUUGAAAGCUGGAAACCUGGCUUUGAACAAAAGAGCACAAACAACAGUGUUACUCGUUACGUCACAAAUGGUGCAGGGGUUUCUGUUCCUAGCGAGAACCUUGGGUUUUAUUUCAGUGGCAUGCAUGGACUAAUGGGCGACUUGGUGGAAGGGGACAACGGCUCAACUUAUUCAACAGCCACAAGUUUGAUUACCGUGAACUUGGCAGCCAUGAGAAACGAGAGUUGGCAGAAUAGUAGCCUACCAGCCCAUAUUCCUGGGAGAGCAAAUGCCGAGAUAGUAUGGCUUCCUGUCUCGGAGUCAGGAAUCUUGGUUGUGAUAGGAGGAGUCAUUAAUCCCGAAAUCCUCUCCUCUAACGACAAUUUGACAGAUGAGGACAUAGCCGCUAGCAGCCAAAAUAGUCCCAUUUUCAUGAAAGAGCUUCCGGUCUACGAUAUUGCGUUUCUGCAAACUACUACUGGGGACAUCCCGCCACAACUUACGAUGCUCUGCUCGGUCAUGGCUCCUGUAUCUGACGGUAGUACCUUCAACAUAUACAUUUAUGGGGGCUAUGAUGGUAUCAAUGCUAGUUCCGCUCCAUCAGACGAUGUCUACAUCCUGUCUAUUUCAUCUUUUACAUGGAUCAAGGUAUAUUCUGGCCAGUCUUCACAUGGUCGUAGCGGUCACAAGUGCAUCAAGGUCUAUCCAGAUAAGAUGUUCGUCUUGGGUGGGGCUUACAAGAAUGAUUCUUCGAACUGUCUGGAUGGAGGAUUCUUGCAAGUUUUCAAUCUUAACACGCUUCAGUUUCAGAAUACUUACGACCCUAAUGAGUGGAGUAAUUACUCGAUGCCCUUGAUAGUCACUGAUCGAAUUGGUGGAAAUACGACUGAGGGAGGGAACAUGCUUUUGCCAUCGUCAUGGGGUGAUGGAGGUCUCAGCAGCAUAUUUGCGGAGACUUAUACCAAGCCUAUCGCGACGUAUUACCCUUAUACAUCAACAACAGUCACACCAGCGUCAUCAACAGCCACCAGCAUGAUUGACGACUCCUACAGUCCAUCACAGGCGUUAGAAGGAUUUACCGGCCGACCUGCCAGAAUGCUGAUCAAAGAGUCUCACAUCGACGUGCCCACCAAGGCCGGUGGACAGGAUGGAUCGAUGAGAAUAUACAUCUUCCAUCCGACCAUCCCGGGCUACCCUAAUGCCCGAUUCCCAGGUGUCGUAGUCUUUAGCGAGAUCUAUCAAGUAACCGGCCCAGUAGCCAGGUUUGCAAGACAGAUUGCUGGUCAGGGAUACAUCUGUGCCGCUCCAUCGAGUUACCAUGAGUUCACGGGCCCCGAGGCAUUGAAGUACGAUGCUGAGGAUACAGACAAGGGCAAUCUGUGGAAGAUUUCAAAGAAAAUACAAGCCUACGACGAAGAUGCCUCCCUUUCAGUAGACUAUCUCCUCUCCCUACCCACAUGCAACGGCCGCGUGGGAGCCACAGGAAUGUGUCUAGGCGGUCAUUUGGCAUACCGAUGCGCGCUCGAUCAGAGAGUCAAAGCUGCCGUUUGCUAUUUCGCAACUGACAUCCACAGCGCGACGUUGGGUGAGGGUAAGAGCGAUGACAGUUUGAAGCGUGCCGGAGAUAUUAAGGGGGAGUUGAUUAUGAUCUUUGGAAAGAACGAUAACCAUGUCCCGCCUGAAGGACGGGAUUUGAUUCGCAAGACGCUGCAUGAGAAGGGUGUUUUGUUUAGUUUUUAUGAAGUUGCUUGGGCUCAACACGCAUUCAUCCGCGAUGAACUCAGCAAAGGCCGUUACGAUCCGGCCAUUUCCAAAAGUUGCUUUGAGAUGCUUCUAGAGCUGUUCAAUCGGACUUUGAAGCUGGAUUUGGGUGAUCAUGAUGGGAAGAAGCUUGAGAUUGAGGAUGUAUAUCGAGCUGACCGCCGCUUUUUGCGCCGAUUCGCUAUUCCCAUUCUUUGUCCGACAGAACUCCAGUCCGAGGCUCGCGGUUCCCGUGGUGCGGUCGUCGCAGUUGUUGCCGGUCGGGGGCGAGAAUACGGUCACGACAACAGACCCGGCAGACGAUCCAAAGCUUUUCAAUUCAAAUUAAUAUCGCUGCCAAGGUCGACUUUUUUCCGUCAAUAUGGGUUCGACGCAAUUCGGGAAUUUCCAUUGUGCAAUCUCUUCGUUCCAAGCAAUCAACCUCCCAAUCUGGCCUACGGGGGCUGUGCGCUCACCGGUAUUCACCUCAGCAAUGGCAGAUAUUUGGGCAAUUUGGGAUCGAUUUUGGUAGCCUUUAUCGCGGUAGUAACCUGCAUCUUGCUGCUUCUCUUAUCGGAACGAAAACGUGCAGCUGUGGGGAGGAGGGAAAUUCAAUUAUUCUUGCUCGGUUAUGCCAUCAUUUCAAUUUGCGAAAUCUUCACUGUUGGCGCAUUUCCCCUAGCGGAUAAUGUCCGCAAGGGAUUUACUGCCGUGCACAUCGCCGCUAUAACUGCUACUUCCUGGGUACUUUUCCUAAACGCUCUUGUCGGUUUCCAGCUUCUCGACGAUGGCACACCUCUGUCCGUAGGUCUUUUUGCAGGUUCAGCAGUAGUCCUCUUCAUCGGAACUGGUUACAUUGCUUUGGACACUGGAUUCAGCUGGACCGGCCAUUUUGAUUCCAGCCUAUCAGGCAACAAUCGCAACAUCGGUCUCUAUGUGUUAUACCUGUUGUUCCCGCUUGUCUGUCUGUUUUUCUUCUAUAUAUUGGAAACCAUCCUCGUCUUGCGCGUGCUUGGCGAACGCAGGCCAUUGAUCUACCUCACCGCUGCCGCCCUUCUCUUCGCCAUCGCCCAAGUCUUUGACUUUGUCAUCAGUCCUCACAUCUGCAAUCCCGUCCAUGGCAAAAUCAACGGCGCCUUUUUUGAAACGCUCUUCUCGCUACUUUCCGUCGUCUGCGUGUGGCUGUUUUGGAGCAGCAUUACCGAAGACGACUGGCCUGCAGUGUCUAGUGGCUACACCUAA